GAGAGCAGCCGUGUCCUGGGGUCGGGCGCUCGGUGCGCCGUGGGGCACAACUUGAGAGGAGACCGUAGUCCAGAGUGGGCUGCGCUGGCGGUUUCAUUUCCGGGUGUGAUGAUGGCCCGGCGUUUCAGAGCGAACUCAGACGUUGCCUUCACGCCGAAUGUGAACGCUGUCAAGCCGUGUCCUUGAUUGUGGAUAAGACAUUCUUUUUAAUCAGGAGUCAGUUAGCUGUCAGGCUCCUGAUAAAAAGGAGAAAAGGGGGAACAAGGCGUGGAUGGUCCUUACACAAUUACUUCGUUAAAAGACUAUCUUCAGUAGGAUGGGAAUUGUGGAGGUACUGCAGUGAAGAAAUCGGUAAUCAUGGAAUCGCCUUGCUGAUCAUCAGCACCUGUCCGCCCUGCUGAGCUGAGAGCAAGUGGGUCGAGGAGGAGGAGGAAAGGCCACCAUGAAGCUAAAGCAGCGUGUCGUGCUGUUAGCAAUACUCCUAGUCAUCUUCAUCUUCACCAAAGUUUUCCUGAUAGACAACCUGGAUACAUCAGCGGCCAACCGAGAGGACCAGAGGGCUUUUCACCGAAUGAUGACUGGCUUGCGGGUGGAGCUGGUGCCUAAAUUGGACCACACCCUGCAGUCUCCUUGGGAGAUUGCGGCCCAAUGGGUGGUGCCCCGGGAAGUGUACCCUGAAGAGACACCAGAGCUGGGAGCAAUCAUGCAUGCCAUGGCCACUAAGAAGAUCAUUAAAGCUGACGUGGGCUAUAAAGGGACGCAACUAAAAGCUUUACUGAUCCUUGAAGGAGGACAGAAAGUUGUCUUCAAACCUAAGCGGUACAGCAGAGACUAUGUGGUCGAAGGGGAGCCGUACGCUGGUUAUGACAGACACAACGCAGAGGUGGCAGCCUUUCACCUGGACAGGAUUCUGGGUUUCCGCCGAGCUCCCUUGGUGGUUGGCAGAUACAUUAAUCUGAGGACGGAGAUCAAGCCUGUGGCCACAGAGCAGCUGCUGAGCACCUUCCUAACUGUAGGGAACAAUACGUGUUUCUAUGGGAAGUGCUAUUACUGCCGAGAAACAGAGCCAGCCUGUGCUGAUGGAGACAUGAUGGAGGGAUCCAUCACACUUUGGCUUCCAGAUGUGUGGCCUCUGCAGAAACAUCGACACCCCUGGGGCAGGACUUACCGAGAAGGCAAAUUGGCCAGGUGGGAAUAUGAUGAGAGCUACUGCGAUGCUGUGAAGAAAACGUCCCCUUACGACUCAGGCCCACGCCUCUUGGACAUCAUUGACACUGCUGUCUUCGAUUACUUGAUUGGCAAUGCCGACCGCCACCACUAUGAAAGCUUUCAAGACGAUGAAGGCGCUAGCAUGCUUAUCCUUCUUGAUAAUGCCAAAAGCUUUGGGAACCCCUCACUGGAUGAGAGAAGCAUCCUUGCCCCUCUCUAUCAGUGCUGCAUCAUUCGGGUUUCAACCUGGAAUAGACUGAACUACCUAAAGAAUGGAGUGCUAAAGUCUGCCUUAAAAUCUGCCAUGGCCCAUGACCCUAUCUCCCCAGUGCUCUCUGAUCCACACUUGGACUCUGUGGACCAGCGGCUUCUGAACGUCCUUGUCACCAUCAAGCAGUGUACUGACCAGUUUGGAGUGGACACUGUGCUGGUGGAAGACAGGAUGCCGCUCUCCCACUUGUAACUCUGAACAGGAAACAAGUGGGACUGAUUUUUACAAAGAUAAACAGCACAAUCAAUUCCAAAUGGCAUGUGAUGGCCGGAAGUGGCCAGCAGCAGGUUCUGGUGGUAGAAGACAGGGUGGCCCCAGGAGUACCUGGUGUUCUCUGCAGUGUCCGCGUGGGAGCUUGUCUGUGGAUUCACCUGGCGGCCUCGAAGUUGCCCAUUCAAGCGGCGGGGACCAGCUCUGGUCAGUCUUGUCCCCACACCAAGGGACAAAGAGGUGUGACACUGGUUGAGGAAUUGGUUCGAGAGUGCGUGUCUGCGGUAAACCUUGCCAUCGUUCUCCACACCCAUGGAUUCUGUAGACUCACUCUGUAGUCCUUGUGUCUUCAAAAACAAAAGCAAAAACAAAAAAGGGCAGAACUAGUCAGAUUGAAAAUGUUCAGACAAAAGAGCACAGUGCUGGAGGAGACCCAUUUCUAAGAUGGAGGAAGGGAAGGGAGGAGGGUGUUGGGGCUCUUAGCUGUUGAGUGCUAUGGAUUUGACAUCUCAGGGAAGAGAAGAGGGAGGGACUCACGCUGCAGAACCAGGAAGACGACUGACGUCCUGAAAAUGAGCUUCCCCUCUAUUUAGGUUCUGUUCAAAUUAACCAAAAUGGUCUCUAGAGGAAAUAUGAUUACAACCCAAGCAUGAUCCCCUACAGACACUAAUUUACCCCCUUGCCUACCUUUUGCCCAAAGUAGCAAAACAAGCUGAAAUAAUACAAGUUAGGUCCCUGUGAUCUCUGCCAUCCUUGGUUUUCCUUUUUUUCCCCUUUCUCUCAUUGGCAUUGUUUAUUUUGAGGUAAACUGUAGACUCUUACUCUAGCCCAUGCUGGUCUGGAACUUAGUAUGUAACCCAGGCUGGCUUUGAACUGGCAGCAGUCCUCCUGCCUCAGCCUUCCACAUGCUAGGAUUGUGAGUAUGAGCAACCUUGCCUGGCUCUCUAAGGUGUGAGGCAUUUGACAGUGAUGUUGCUGUUCCUGGGAGGUUGAUGGCCUUGUCUGUGCCUUUCUUAUGGGAAAGCGUCUUGCUGGUAGCUGGACCGAGCUUGUGAUGUGGACCUGCAGGUAGCAGAUAAGAUUUUAAGCCUUCUGAGCCUUGAAACGGAAAAAGAGCCUUAAUACUGUGGUUUGUAUCAAAUCCAGACUCUCUCUGGUCUGGAGUUCUGAACCCGUGGUGUAGUGGAAUUCCUUCAUCUCCUUGCAGCACUGUCAAGUUCAGGCUCAGUUCUGUAUUUUGGCGGUCAUUGGACAUGUAAGUUACUGGGCUAGGGACAGUGUCCUCACUCAGCCUCUUGUCCAGUUCUGGACUUCUGUCAAGAACGGCCUUUCAGUGCUGUGCUUGACAUUUAGAUGCAGCUACCUUCUGAGUUUAAGACCCUAAGUUUCUCAUGUCGAAACCUAGAAGAACUUUUUUGUUGUUUUGUCUUUUUUUUUUUUUUUUCCAGAGCUGAGGACCGAACCCAGGGCCUUGCGCUUGCUAGGCAAGCGCUCUACCACUGAGCUAAAUCCCCAACCCCUAGAAGAACUUUUAAAAGGCAUGAAAUUAGCAAAGUUUGUACAUUUUAUGUACAUUUUGAGUUAGAUUAAGGAAUAGGCUGGGUUUUUUUUUUUCAAAUUUGGGUAUUGAACUUAAGAAAACAAACAUUAGCACAAAACACUGAAAUAGUGUUAGUAAAAGGAGGUAUUGAAUCCAGUUUUCAGGCCAUGUGGUGUGUAAGUCCCAGGAAAUUCACAGUUGAAUUUGAGAUUAGCAUGGUUAGUGCUUAGCAAAGUGGCAGCCAGCAGAUGGCAGCAGUCAGCCCUCCCUCACCUCAGAGUUGACUGUGCCUCGGCACUUUGGCGGACACACCUCACUUGGGAUGUUGAAGGCACAAGAUUCUUGUGAGGAAGAGAACAGGCUGAAAAGCUGCUUUGAAAAAAAGUCUUAUCUUUACUCCAGAAUAGUUACAGAAAAGUCAUUUCACACUUUGUUUUCAUACUCACGGCUUUAGCAGGUCCUCAGGUCCACAGUGGAUGAAGUUAGAAUUGAACCAGUGGAGCCCGUGACACAACAAUUAGAAUAUAAAUCUGUGUUCUUAGGGGGUUGGAGUAAGCUAGGAAAGGUAUAUUUGGGCAAAUCUCAGCGUGGCAGGCAGGGGUGGAGCAGCCAUAAGCCUCUAGCCCCAAAUUUAUAGACACAAAGUUCUGGUGGGGGAAAAAUAUAUACUUUUUUAUUUAUUUGUUUGUUUUUGUCUUUUGAGACAGGGUUUCUCUGUGUGGCUUUGGACCCUGUCCUGGAACUCGCUCUGUAGCCCAGGCUGGCCUUGAACUCACAGAGAUCUGCCUGCCUCUGCCUCCUGAGUGCUGGGAUUAAAGGCGUGUGCCACCACCACCCAUGCCAAAAAAAAAACAUUUUUAGAAGUAUUGUAACUCUGGCCUCUUUUGGGGUCAUUUACUAGAAUUUGGCUGUUAUAAUCAAGUCAUCAGAGGGAUUUUGGUUAACUCUAAAUUACGUUUGCCAACUGAGCAUCCACAUAGAUGAAUACAUUUACUACAAGUCCAAGAAACCAGAGGCACUGCUGCUCUUCAUCUGCUCCCACUUCUCAAACAUGUGUCUGGUCGCAGUGGGAAACUUGGGUGUAGAAUUUCUAUUCUAAAACUGUUCCUUAGUCUCGGGCUGCAUUGUCCUUUGGGGGAGGGCUAUAAAUAAUUCCCUUUUAAAACAACAGGCUCUGAUUUGCUGAAGGUGAAUGAUAUUUUUUAAGGUAUGUCUCCCUGUUUGUACUCAGGUUUAAAGUGUCAGACUAAAUUUUAAGGAGAAAGUGGAGGAAUUCGGGUACAUUAUUACAGAUUAUUUUAGCAAGUGAAUCCUGACAGCUUCUCUAUUUCCCCAGAGCUGGAGACAGCACUGCCAUCCAAAGAAAGCCCUGUUUUCUCUAAAACGCUCACACUUGGCCUUCCCGUCUCCACGCACUGUGCGCCUUCAGCCUCUGUUCGUUCCUCCCUGAUCUCUGGCCAGCAAUGACCUUCUCUUGUGCUCAGUAGACAGCAGCCGUCAGCAAGCUCCCUUGCGGCCUGCCUCCUGGGUUCAGGAAAGGUGGGGAGAGGAGUUUGGGUUAGUGUGGACCUGGGUGUAUUCUGCCAAGGAAAAUGGAUUUCCUUUGACACAAGGAAAUCCUCACACUGAGAAAGGACUUGUCCAGUAAAGGUUAGAACGUUCACCGAGCGUCUCCUGAGCAGUCUGACGACCAGGUGGUCUGAGGGACACUUGCUCCUCAGGGGAGGCCGCUUGUCCCUGUAUCUCUCUAGUCUGGGUGGGGAGUGGGGGCUGGGUACUGCACUGUCACAAACUAUUGGGGGAAGCUGGGAAUAACUUACUGGGAAGCUAAUUUAUUUAAGGGUGGUGUAGGCAUCACUGCCCUCUUGUUUGACCUGCCUAGGAUUUCCUCUUGGAGCUGUUGUGCAGACAGAGGUUGUACUUGGUAAGACACCAAACAAAUUUCUAAGUGUUCUAUGGGUUUCAAUUCUGAAAAAAAAAAAUAAAGAUUUUAAUAUAUA